AUUUGAAAAAAAGAAGUUAUAUUUUAGGUGAACGAUAUUAAACGACUUAGAUAUUAUAGAGUGGCCAUUGCUAAUUGAUUGCGUCACUCUUUCACUGACGAACACAAGAAUCACAAGUGUGAAUCCCUUUCCCAUAUAGACCCCUUCAUUCUCCCCAAGAGGCGACUGUCAUGACAUCUCUGCCACUUAUUCAACCUGCCAUAUUACGGGUUGUUAUUGGGACAUGAAUGCACAUUCUCUACGCUAUUCCUACUCACCCUAACAAUCGAAAGUAUGGAGGCAGAACCAUCGAUUCCCUCAGAUUCACUCCGGGCCCAGAUUUCCAAAUUUUCUACCAUGCUCACUGAAGCACACAAAAGAAAGCCAAUCCAUUAUUGGAUUCUUCUUGUUCUCAGCAUCUUGGCAAUGCUUGUGGCAUUUCCUGCUUCCAGCAUUCUGUCUCGUGUUUAUUAUGAUAACGGUGGCCAGAGUAAGUGGAUCAUAUCUUGGGUAGCAGUUGCUGGAUGGCCCCUAACUGCCUUAAUACUGUUUCCUGUAUACUUUAUCAGUAAAACCUUUCCUACUCCUCUGAACUUAAAACUGAGUCUGUCUUAUAUCGUUUUGGGUUUCCUAAGUGCUGCUGAUAACCUCAUGUAUGCUUAUGCCUAUGCUUACCUCCCUGCAUCCACUGCCUCACUUGUGGCAUCAUCAUCCCUUGUGUUUUCGGCGCUCUUUGGAUACUUUCUUGUGAAGAACAAAGUGAAUGCUUCAAUAGUGAAUUCCGUUUUCGUCAUAACCGCUGCAUUGACCAUCAUUGCCCUGGACUCGAGUUCAGACAGAUAUCCCAGCAUUAGUGAUAGUGAAUACAUCAUGGGAUUUGUAUGGGAUGUUUUAGGAUCUGCUUUCCAUGGGCUUAUUUUCGCUCUCUCAGAGCUCGUCUUUGUGAAGUUGCUCGGAAGAAGAUCCUUUAUCGUUGUUCUGGAGCAGCAAGUCAUGGUUUCUCUAUUUGCAUUUCUGUUUACCACUGUAGGGAUGAUUGUGAGUGGUGAUUUUCAAGGGAUGGCACAUGAGGCUACCACUUUCGAAGGUGGUAGAAGUGCUUAUUAUCUUGUUAUCAUUUGGGGUGCAAUCACUUUUCAGCUGGGGGUUCUGGGGGGCACUGCUAUAAUUUUCUUGGGCUCUACUGUGCUAGCAGGUGUGCUUAAUGCAGUAAGAACACCCAUAACAAGCAUUGCAGCUGUUAUACUGCUAAAGGACCCUAUGAGUGGUUUCAAGAUCCUCUCCCUAGUGAUCACCUUUUGGGGAUUUGGCUCAUAUAUUUAUGGCAGUUCUAUGGGUGAAAAAUCAUCAUAAGGAAAUGUGGCCACAGAUUCCAGUUCUUAAGAGGUGAUUGUUGUAAGGUAUAUGAUUAAAUCUCCGUACAUAAAAUAUUGGGAAUGUUGUUGGGUAAAUCACAAAUAUGAUUCUUUAUAUUAAUGCUUUAAAGAAUAUAACUUUUUGUCAGAAAUUGCACUUUGCCUGUCUUAAUGGUUUGAUGCAAUACCUGUUGGAUAACUUUAUUUUAUAGCACUUGAUUUUAAGA